AUGAGUGUAGGCAAGAACACACCGCCGCACGAGAUCGUGCCACCGCAGGAAGUUGGAGGAAUUUCCUUAUCUCUCAGGGUGCCGCCGUUUUGGCGCGACCGCCCCAGACUGUGGUUCGUCAGUUUCGAAGCAGCGACCCACGACCUUAAGAAAAGUCAAGCGCAGUUAUCGCAGAUGGUCAUCGCGCAACUCGACAAAAUGGACGUCGAGCAAAUAUCUGACUUACUGUACAACCCACCAUCCGAAAGUCAGUAUACUGUUCUGAAGGAACGGCUUAUCUCCGUGUAUGAAGAAAGUGAGGGACGUCAAUUUCAAAAGCUACUUCAAGAGAUGGAACUAGGUGACCAAAAGCCUACCCAACUACUCCGUCGUAUGCGUAACCUGGCACGCGAUAAAGUUCCUGACUCCACAUUAAGGCUAAUGUGGAUGAACCAUCUCCCACCGCACGUCCGUUCCGUUCUCGUCGUCAGCGACACCAUCAGCAAGACCGCUGCGCUGGACGAAUUAGCAUUACUCGCAGAUAAAAUGCUAGAACAAAGCCACGAGAUCUCUGCCGUAUCCGCAGCACCGCCACCCACAUCAUCAGCAGCGCCCGCUCCACAUCAAUACGCCGAUUCUCAAUUCCUAGUAGAAGAAAUUCGGAAACUAUCACUAGAAAUCACAGAGUUAAAAUCGUCGCAACGCAACCGCGCAGGCAACGAGCGACAGCCGCACUACGACCGGUUUCGCCGACGCCGCCGCUCGCGCGACAGGCAUGGCUCACCGUCUCGCUCCAACUCACGCGGCCGCAGAGCAGCGCUAUCACUCGCAGUAUGCUAUUAUCACAGACGUUUCGGAAGUGAAGCGCGAAGAUGUACACUGCCGUGCACAUUCUCCAGUGAUAACAUGAAGUCGGAAAACUAA